CUAGAGAUGGCUAAAUCUGAAAUAGAUCUCAAAAUGCUACAAUAUCGUGGGCCUUCAAUUCCUACAUUGGAACCUCAGGUUCUUAUUUUGUUGGUGAGGAUCAAUGGCACAUUUGUGUGGUGGUGCGGAGGCACAUGCUCGAUUCAAGCAGUAGAAGUAUUGAGCCAAUUUGAGUCUUGUGCUCACCACUGACUCUUGCCCGCAAGACACCCAUGAGCCCACUAGCAAGACCGAAUCUCUUUAUGGCAAAACAGACCCUAAAACCUUCAGUGACCGGGCUUAUGGAGGGAAACCCCCUCAGUCCGACGAUAAGCUGAAGAAGUCGAAGAAGAAGAAAGAGUGCUAGCAGUAUCCUUCUGAAUUGGUUCCUAGUAGGCAGAGCAAGCAACGACGUCUGCAGGAGGAGAGCGUCCUCACUUUUUCUGAGGAAGGCAUUUACCGGCCGAAGACGAAGGAAACCCUGUCGGCAUAUGAGGUUCUGCUGGGUGUUAUUCUGCAACAACUCAGUGGGCAGCCACCUAAUGUUGUCACUGGUGCAGACGAUGAGGUGCUGGUGGUUUUGAAGAAUGAGUCCAUUAAGAAUCCCGACAAGGAGAUCGAGAGGCUUUUAAAUAUUAUCCCAAAUGAAGUGUUUGAUCAGCUGGUGUCUAUUGGAAGGCUAAUUAUGGAUUACCAGGAUGAGGGUGAUGCUGCGGUUUUGGCUAUUGGUAAUGCUGAUGAGGGUCUUGAUGACGAAGUGGGUGUUUCUGUCGAGUGUAAGGAGGAAGAAGAUGAAGAGGACAACAGAAAUUAUGAUGUGAUCGAUGAAGUUGAAGAGGAUGAGGAUGAUGGGCUCAAAUCUAAUGGUGCCGGCGCAAUGCAGAUGGGUGGUGAGAUUGAUGACGAUGAUAUGCAAGAAGCAAAUGAGGACAUGACUCUAAAUGUUCAAGACAUAGAUGCAUAUUGAUUUCAGAGGAAGAUAUCUCAUACUUAUGAAGAGAUUGACCUGAAACAUUGCAAGAACCUGAAAUAAGAUGUUGUACUUAAGAUACUUAUAGAAGGUGAUGGCUGGGAAGUGGAGACUAGGCUUUUGGUUCUUCUUGAAUUUGAUAAGUUCAGCCUCAUUUUCUCUUGAGGAAUCCGCUGAAAAUAGUUUGGUGUACUUGUCUGGCAGGGGCCGAAGACCAGGAGGAGAGGAAGAAGAUUAAGGAAGAAAUAAUGAGUUUUGAUGGAGAUUUGGCUGCAAUUUUGGAGCAGUUGCAUGCAAGAAGGGUAACUGCCAAGGAAAGACAGAAGAACUUGGAGAAGAGUAUAAGAGAAGAGGCUAGAAGAUUGAAAGAUGAGAGUGGAGCUGUAAAUGGGGAUAGGGACUGGAGAGGGUAUUGCUGAUAAAGGUGCAGAGAAUGGUUGGUUGAAGGGGCAGUAUCAGUUGCUUGAUCUUGACAGCCUUGCAUUUCAUCACGGUGCUCUCUUGAUGGUGAACAAGAAAUGUGAGCUUCCAUUGGGGUCCUUUAGGAACCAAAACAAGGGAUAUGAAGAAUUCAUGUUCCAGCCUUGAAACCAAAACCACUUGCACCUGGUGAAAAACUUAUAAAAAUCUGUCAUGCCUGACUGGGCACAACCAGCUUUCAAAGGGAUGACCCAGCUUAACAGAGUUCAAAGUGAAGUUAUGAAACUGCACUAUUUACAGCAGAGAAUAUUCUUUUAUGUACUCCCACUGGAGCAGAUCCUUUUUAAAUACCCUACUGGGAAGAAGCUUGCCUUACAACCAAAGGAUUUACCUUCAUUUUGUUUUCCUGGAGGUGUUAAGGCUCGCCUGUUGGAAAGGACUCCAUCGAUGAGUGAUCUGAAUGAAGUUGUUUAUGGACAGGAGCAUCUCAACAAAGAUGAUUUAGCAUUUAUUUUUUCUCUCAAGGUGGCAGACAGUGCAACACUUUAUGGUGUUUGCUUACAUGUACAGGAAAUUGUUCAGAGGCCACCUGGUAUUUUAGGUGGCACUUCACCUAUUUCUCAAUCGUCUGGCCGGGGGAGCCGCUUUCUGGUUUCUGCACCUCGUUGCUAUUGUGUGCUUACUAGAAUUCCUUUCUUUGAGUUACAUUAUGAGAUGUUGAACAGUAUCAUUGCCCAAGAGCGUCUGGAUAGAAUAACCCAAUUUGUUAGUGAAGUGACUCUCAGCGAUAGUUUCCUCUCAGGGAUUAAAAUACAGGAUCAGAUGAAUGAGAACAAUGACUCCCCUAACAGGGACUGUUACAGUGAUUGGAUGGAUUCAGCAAUACCUCUUGACAAUGCAGUAGCCCUUAGUGCAGCUGCAGUAGGCCUUAUUUCAGAUGACAGAAUCCCUUCUUUUUCCUCAAGGUUGUCAGAACCUCAAUCUCCUGAAAGUGGUUACACUAGCGAACAAUAUUUUGAUGAUUAUGCACCUGAGACUUCAGAAGCCCUGUCCGAAAGCUUCGAAAGGAUGAAUGGAAAUUAUGAAAAUGGUCAAAUGUUGCCAGAUAUUAGUUCAUUUAUCUGCUCUAAGAGCCGUAAAUUAGAGCGUGUUGAGAGUUCUGAAUCCUUAUUAAGCUGUUCAGUAAUAUCAGAAGAUGAAGAUGAUGAAGUUGGGAAUGAUAUUAUAAUAGAAUGGGCUAAGGAGCACAAAAACAAAUUGCUACAGAUAAUUUGCAGUUAUCAAGAUCUUUCUGUUCCAGCACGAGGAAAUGAAAUAAUUUUUGAACCACUUGAACAUCUACAGGCUAUAAAAUAUAGUCGACCUCCAAUUUCUUCCCUUGAAUUAUGCGGAAAUUAUACUGAUAUACAGGGUUUAGUAGAGACUGAUGAGGUUAAUGCAAGGUUAGCUGCUGCUGAGGAAGCUCUUGCACUAUCAAUUUGGACUACUGCAACUGUUUGCCGAGUUCUAUCUCUUGAAAGUGUUUUAGCAUUGUUUUCAGGAGUUCUACUGGAAAAGCAAAUAGUAGUUGUAUGCCCCAAUUUGGGAGUCCUCUCAGCCACUGUAUUGUCACUAAUUCCCAUGAUUCGUCCAUUUGAAUGGCAGAGUUUAUUACUACCAGUCCUACCAAAAAAAAUGCUUGAUUUUCUUGAUGCUCCAGUGCCAUACGUUGUCGGAAUACAACAGAAGCCAGCUGAUCUGAAGAUGAAAACAUCUAAAACAUCUAAUAUUGUUCAUGUUAAUGUGCAGAAAGACCAGGACCAGUGCAUUGGGAAGGUGAAAGAGAAGGAGCGUAGGAUGGGCCGCUUGUUUGCAUUGGAGUUUAAGAAAUCUCCAUUAGUAAAGAUGUGCUACUUGCCCCCACUUCCACGUCGUAAAGAACUCAUUGCUGAACUAGGACCAAUCCAUGCGAGAUUAUCAUGUGAAAACGUUAUUGCUAAAAAACACCCUGUAUAUAAGUGCAAUGAAGUGCAGGCUGAAGCUGCUGGGAAAUUUUUGAAUGUAAUGAGGCGCUACUUGGAGUCACUAUGUUCUGACUUGCAAUAUCAUUCCAUCACUAGUGUACAAUCAAAUAAUGACAGGGUAUCAUUACUUCUCAAGGAUAGCUUUAUCGAUUCCUUUCCUAGUAGGGACCGCCCGUUUAUUAAGCUAUUGGUAGACACACAACUUUUCUCAGUUCUGUCAGAUUCUCGACUCUCAAGUUAUGAGAAUGUGAAUUUAUAAUUUCUAACUUAACAACGUAUUAAAAGUUCUAUACAUAGUUUGGAGCUCCGGGAUGUAAGGUAAGAAAGUAAUCAGCCUGAAGCAAGAAAAGCGUGGAGGAACUGGACUGUUGUGGCUGAUGGAUCAAGAAUGGUUGACAUGAUUAUUGAAAGCCUUUCUGGUAUCAACUUGAGCAUUCUCGUGGCUUUGGAGCUGUUAACUGGGAAAUUAUUUAAAGAUGAAAAUUACCAAAAUUAAUUUCUGUAACAUAUGCCAUUUUAAUAAUUAUGGGCCCCAAACAGUGUGCCUCGGUGACUGUUUUACUGUCCAUGGGCUCAUUGGUCCUCAUCCCAAAUAUUUAUAGGGGGAUGUGAUUGGUGCCAGGUUUGUCAAAGAUCUGUCUCACCUGCAACUAUUGUAAAAUUGUAAACCAAUAAAACAUGGAUUGAGCAAGUCUGCAGUCAUAUA